ACUGAUCCAGCAGAAGUAACGAAAGCACCGAAACACAUAAGCAAGAAACCAUGAAUCACGUUUUGUCUCUCAUUCUUUCCUUCCUCCUCUUCACUUUCAUCACCAAUCUUCCAUCAAACAAUGCUGCUCCUUCUUUUGGUGAUGUAGUGGACACUGAUGGGAACACCCUUACCCAAGAUAACACAUACAUCAUUUCUCCAGCAAAUAGUAGCGCUUAUAGUGGAGGGAUAACCCUAGGCAAAGCCACUAAUUCAAAAUGUCCACUAAAUGUCAUACAAAACAAUCAUGAACAAGGCAUACCAGUUAAGUUCACCAUACCAGAAAGCCCCUAUAGUGACAUCUUAACUUUUGAUUAUCUUGAGAUUGAGUUCACUAACAAACCUGACUGUGCUGAAUCAUCGAAAUGGUUCGUGUUUGUUGAUAACACUACUCAACUGAAAUAUGUUGGUAUUGGUGGUCCUGAAAACUAUCAUGGUGUUGAAAUAAUCGAUGGAAAGUUUUUGAUUAUAGAAUAUCUAUCUGAAAGUUCUUAUAGUCUUGUAUUUUGUUUCGAAACGACUGGUGAAUGGGCUCCUGUUGGACUGAAAGAGUUCAAUUCUGAAGAAGGUACAUCACGUUUGGUUUUGAUGUUAGUUGAUGAUUUUCGUGUCAAAUUCGUUAAGGAUGCUCCUCUUAAUUCUGUUGUGGGUGAUAAAAUUAGUAAUAUGCGUUAGGUUUAGUUAUGUUCUAAUGAAUACAUGGAGUAAUUUGUAUUAGUAAUUUGCACCUUUGCUUUGUUGUAGUUGAACCUGGAUUCAACUUUAUUUCCAUUUAUUUGUUCUUGAAGUUGCUUAAAUUUGAGAGCCCACGUUCAUUAUGCCAAAUACAUGAUAUACUUACUUCCUUCCUCACUCCUUUCUUUAUUAUAAGUUACUAGGUUGAAAAAUCAUGUAUUAAAUUAUCAAUUAUUUAUGUUAAUAAAUUAUGUAUUUAUUA